AUGUUAGAGAUGAUUAUAAAAAAAUCAGCACAACCACACCACUCAGGCGUUUAGCAGCCAGAAGCUCAAGUAACAUGGACCUUGUUCUUCUCUGCAUGUUGCUGCCUCUAUUCACAGUGGCAUGGGGCCAAUAUGGGAACUUUUACCAUUCCUAUGAUAACUAUGGGACUAAUGAUGACUGGGUUAAUGUGUACCGGCAGGGUUUCAACUUCCAGUGCCCUCAUGGGCAAGUGAUUGUAGCGGUGAGGAGCAUGUUCAGCAAGAAGGAAGGAUCUGACAGAUUGUGGAAUUAUGCUUGCAUGCCCACCCCAGAUACGCUUGGAGAGCCUACUGAAUGUUGGUGGGAAGAGAUCAACAGAGCUGGACUGCAAUGGUAUCAAACAUGUUCAAAUAAUGGCCUAGUGGCAGGAUUCCAGAGCCAAUAUUUUCCAUCUGUGCUUGAUCGAGAGUGGCAGUUUUAUUGUUGCCGCUACAGCCGGAGAUGUCCAUAUUCAUGUUGGAUGACAUCAGAACAUCCAGAGCACUAUGGAGAAGAUAUGGACAUGAUGUUGUAUGCUUAUGAUCAUUAUAUCCGCGGAGCAGCUACAACUUUCUCUGGUGUAGAAAGAGAUCGUCAGUGGAAAUUUAUUGUCUGCAGGAUGACAAAUUUUGAUUGUCAAUUUCAAAAUGCUUAAAAAUUCUGAAUAUAUGCUACACUUUGGAGUUUGGGUGGGAAAUAUAAUAAAAGGGUGAAAGGAAAAAAAAGGCAAGAAAGUCAAAUCAGUAAUAAAUGCAUCAACCUCUUACAGAGGUUUGACUCUUGUAUUCAAAAAAGGCUGGUAAGUACAAUAUUGAGUUAUUUCUUCACUUUCUGCAGGGGAAUUCAUAGAGCUCUUAAUUAGAGAAUAGAAUUUCUGCCUGUAUUCUCACAACCUCUGCAGAGCCUGCGCACAUAAUACUUGAAUUUCCAUUGCUUUCCAGUCCAUUACCUGCCUAGUCAGUUGCACCUGCAGAAUUAAUGUUAAUUUGGGAGUAUGCAUGGCCAAUCUCUCUUCCCAUAAUAGUAGAACUUUUACCCUUAUAUUGGUGUCAAUUCUCACAUAUAUCACUAUUAUGACCUGGGCAUAUGAGUAGCUGCUGGGCAGAGAGCAAUCUUUGAGAAAACUGCAGAUCAUUUUCCUGGUUUUUUUAAAUGGUUAGAUGGUUACUUGUUUAAACUUGGAUAAAGUUACUUCCUUUGUUAUUUAGCUACUCUGUACAAAUACAGCUUGAUUUUGCAUAGCAACUUUAUAUCCACUGCAUCCACUUACUUACAAAAGAGCAAAAGCUCCCUAACUUGAGCUUUCUUCAUAUCUGUUCACACUGCUGAGAUUAGCAAAAUAAAAAAUAAAAAAAAAUCACCUUUGCAAACCAUAUCAUUAUUAUAUUAUAUCAAGGUUGGUUGGUAGCAGUCACUUUUAAAGAUUGUUCAUCUACAUUUUUAAUUGUUUGUUUACACUUCAAAUGAAAUAGAUUAAAAUACAUUCUGAGGACCAUAAUAUCUCCAUGUUGAAUGGUAUCAAAUUAUUUUUGUUAACUGUUAUAUAUCCGUGUUGCUUCCCUUGUAAUUAGAGACCAUAAUAAAUUCUAGAAUACUGAAACCCCAUGGAAAAGAGCAAUGGCAAUUGUGUAACUCUGUACAAAAACCGAUUAUAUUCCAGUGGCUUUUGCUUUGUAGCUCAAAUGUGAAUAUAAUUUUGUUGAACAUUGUUUAAGGCUUAACUAUGAAGGAAGUCAUUGAGGGAGUUACUUAAGAAUAAAAUAUAAACAAAUGCUGUGCAAUUUAUUCUAAAUACCUGUAUCUAUUAUUCAAGUAUAUUAUGAAUUAUUUACAAUUAAAUGAAUAAAAUAAAUAAAAUUAUAUGGCAA